AUGUCAUCAAGAUGUUCCUGCGCGCGAUUGACGCGGCUCCCAACGGUCAUUGCCGCUAGACCAUCCUACAUCAACCUCACACGACCCUUCUCUACCAAGACGGCGAAACUUAGCGUGCCCCCCGAAUCCCCCGCCUGGAUCCAGGUCCCGACGCCGCCUCAGUCGCAGUCCUCCGAAGAGAAGCCCCCUGUCGUCAAGGGCACCCUCCCCACGCCCCGCGACAUCUUCCCGCGUAAGGAGGCCGACCGCAAGGUCCAGCCCGGCUACCUCGAAGAGACGGCGCCCCUUCCCACGGGCAAAGCCUCCACGAAGAUCGCCCCGCCCGGCUCACGCCUCGAAUACCGCCGCCGCAUGGCCGACUCCCGUCGCGAGAAUCUUGGCAUGGCCCUGCAGGGUCUCUACAAGCGCAAGCAGGAGCAUGUCGAGGCCGAGACCACCGUCAGGGAGCGCCGUCUUCGCGACCACCAGCACGCCGCCAUGGCCCCCGAGCGCCAGGACGACCUCCUUACACGCAGCUCCGUAGUCUCCUCCCUGGCCAAGACGACUGCUGUGAAGCUCGACCCCCGACGCUACGCCCGCGCGAACAAGAGCAAGGCCCGGACGGUCCAGCUGGCCAAGCAAAAGAGCGAGGCAAGGCAGGAUGCGCUGAUGGAGCUGUACAUCAACGCCUCCAAGUUCAUCGUCUCCGAAGACGAGCUGAGCAAGGAGCUCGACAAGCUCUUCUCCGAGGACUUCUGGAAGCGACAGGGCAAGUCCAUGGCCCACGACGCCGACAACGCCUGGGAUGUCUGGGGACAGCCUCCGACGGUGCGAACCAUGUUGGACGAGAUGAUGAGGAAGCAGCAGCGCGCCAUUGACUUCCAGCAGAGCGAGCAGGAUAAGACUGUCAAGAGGCAAAAGACCAUCGCCGAAGAGUUGACGGGCGGCAAGAUGGAGUAA